UGCCUUUUUAUCCCCUAGUUCCCAGCUAGAGACCUGCUGAAUUUUGACCCUUCCAUAAUAUUCAAAAUGGCGGAUAAAGAAGCCACGGUUUAUAUUGUGGACGUUGGGAAGUCGAUGGGGGUGCGCCGCCAUGACCGAGAAGUGACGGAUCUCGAAUGGGGAAUGCAGUAUGUUUGGGACCGCAUCACAUCAACUGUCGCAACUGGGCGCAAAACCGCAAUGUUGGGCGUGAUUGGCCUCAAAACUGACGAUACUUCGAAUGAACUCCAAGAUGACUCUCAUUUUUCGCAUAUUUCAGUAUUUUCAGGAAUUAAGCAGUUUCUCAUGCCUGACCUCCGAAAGCUGGCGGAGGAGAUAAGGCCUAGCAAUACCGACAAAGGCGAUGCGAUAUCUGCUCUCAUUCUGGCGAUCCAAAUGAUUAUUACCCACUGCAAAAAACUGAAAUGGAAACGAAAGAUUGUCCUCAUCACCAAUGGGGUGGGGCGCAUGAGCGGCGAGAAUCUCGACGAGAUUCUCUCAAAGAUUAAAGAGGAUAAUAUCGAACUUGUAAUUCUAGGUCCCGAUUUCGAUGAUCCCGACUAUGGGUUCAAGGAAGAAGACAAAGACUCACGUAAGGCCGAAAAUGAGACGCUUCUUCGUACGAUAACCGAACAGUGCGAUGGCGCAUACGGUACGUUGGAACAGGCUGUGUCCGAGAUUGACAUCCCUCGUGUCAAGCCAGUUCGACCGAUUGCAUCCUUUAAAGGAUUUCUGCAACUGGGAAACCCAGAAGAAUACGACACUGCAGUUCGUAUUCCAGUAGAGCGGUAUCCUCGAACCUACGUAGCGAAACCUCCAACUGCUAGCGCGUUUGUCCUUCGUUCGGAUCUCACUGCGGGACAGGAGCAUCCAGAGUCCAUUACCACCAUUCCAGAGACUCAGCCUGGAGAGGAGAGUGCCCUCACGUCUGUUAGAAAUCUAAGGACAUAUCAGAUUACCGACGAGAAUGCACCUGGUGGGAAGAUCGACGUGGAGAGAGAUGAGUUGGCCAAGGGUUACGAAUAUGGACGCACCGCCGUCCAUAUUAGUGAGACUGACGAGAAUAUUACCACCCUUGAAACUACGGCCGCCUUGGAACUGAUCGGAUUUAUCCAAAGUGAACGUUAUGACCGUUAUAUGCACUUGUCGAAUACCAACAUUCUUAUCGCUCAGCGCGCGAAUGACAAAGCUUCGCUCGCACUGUCCUCCUUUAUCCAUGCACUUUUCGAGCUAGAAUGCUUUGCAGUUGCCCGUCUAGUCACAAAACAGAACAGGCCCCCUAUACUUGUCCUUCUAGCACCGUCGAUCGAACCGGAAUACGAGUGCCUUCUUGAAACUCAACUACCGUUCGCUGAAGAUGUCCGAACAUACCGCUUCCCACCUCUUGACAAGGUGAUUACUGUCUCAGGAAAAGUCGUGACUCAGCACCGAAAUCUUCCAAAUGAUGACCUUCUAGAUGCCAUGGACAAAUACGUCGACAGUAUGGAGCUUGUAGAAAAGGAUGAGGGCGGUGACGUACUUGAGGCGCCUUUCCCACUCGAAGACUCAUUUUCGCCAAUUUUGCAUCGCGUAAAUGCAGCUAUUCGAGGGCGAGCUAUACAUCCUAACGAUCCUAUACCGCCUCCGGCUAAGGUCCUAACACAGUUCUCGCAACCACCAGAGGAUCUACUUGAGAACUCAAAGGAUUAUCUGCAAAAGCUUAUUGAGGUAGCGGAUGUCAAGAAAGUACCACCAAAAACCAAGGGUCGAAAACGUACUCGGGAGCCCGAGAAGCCUCUCUCUGGCCUUGAUGUUGAUGCCCUGCUCCACCAGGAGAAGCGCGUCAAGAUCUCGCCCAACAAUGCUAUCCCCGAGUUUAAACAAACCCUUUCUCACGCCGAGAACAUUGAAACCACCAAAGACGCCGUGAAGCAGAUGCGUUCGAUUAUCGCAGAUCAAAUCAAGAACAGCUUAGGUGACGCCAAUUACGACCGUGUCACCGAGGGUCUGGGAGUUAUACGGGAGGAGCUAAUAUCCUAUGAAGAGCCUGGCUUAUAUAACGAGUUCUUGAAAAAGCUUAAGGAACAGAUCUUGGAGGAGAAGCUUGGAGGGGAUCGGCGUGAAUUGUGGUGGCUCAUUCGAAGAACUAAGCUAGGUCUGAUUGACCAACGACAAUCGGAGUUUUCUGAUAUUACUGAGGAGGAGGCAAAGGCUUUUCUGUCGGCGCAAUGAGUAGAUAGCCGCAAGUCAAGUCCUCUAGGUGUGUAUCGAGAGUAAUCGUCAAUCGAAUACGAGAAUGGUACAAAGC